AACCCGCAGACAUGUUUUUAGUCAUCUUCCCCGUCCUGCCCGCGGCGGCCGUCAGCGUGAGCGCCAGCGACGAAAUCUCCCCCGCCCCGCUCGCGGCGCCCCCACCCCAUUCCUUCCUUCCAUCCACCGUCCGGGGAGCGAGGGAGCGAGAGCAUGGCGAGCGGGGGCAGGGUGGAUCUGGACGGCGGCGCCGUGCCGCCGCUCACCAUCUGCAUGAUCGGCACCGGCGUCCUCAUCGGCUCCCACCUCUGCGAGAAGCUCAUGGCCGAGACCCCCCACGUCGUCCUCGCCGUCGACGUCUACUCCGACAAGAUCCGCCACCUCGUCGACCCGCCGCCUCCCCACCUCGCCGGACGCAUCUCCUUCCACCUCCUCAACAUCAAGAACGACCCCCGCCUCGAGGGCCUCGUCAAGAUGGCCGAUCUGGUACUUCCCCUCCCUCCCUCCCCUCGCGGAUCGAGUAGCGGCGCCGCAGCCCCUGCACCUACAGGACGGCAGCCUGGAGACCCGAGGAAGUCGGACCAGAAGACGGAUCCCAAGCCGGCGGGGACGAGUCCAGAGCCGAUCCAGGAGCCGCGCGUCGAGAAGGCCCGUGACUGCGGCGGUUUCGCUUUCCUCUGCGCCCUCGCUGGACACAAGGAGGCCAUUACUGGAAUCUCUAUGCCGAUGGGGUCCGACAAGCUCUACUCUGGCAGUGCCGACGGCUCUAUUCGCGUAUGGGACGGCAAAUCUGGCAAGGUAGCUGGGCUAUCCGCUCUUGGCAUUCCCCUCAGACUCGUUAUGCUCAGUUCACCUUUGAGGUCAUGUCUCUAUUGAUUCCUGCAUUACGUGUGGCGGUUGAGUUCUGCUGCCUGUUCAAUUGGGGAUUAACUCUGGUUGCUUGAGGUGGUUGAUGUGCCGAUGGGCUCAAAUUGUGCAUCGUCUAUGAUGGUUGAUGUGUGCUGACUGCUUGAUCAACUGAGGAGCUCCUCUAAUUCCUCAGUGCGCCUGAUGUACCCGUUGGUUCAGAUCAGGUUGUCAUUUGGCACGCCUGGGGUUGAGGACAUGUCAGAUUGAUUUGCUUGGAGGCUUUUCGCCUGUUUGUCGUGAUCAGUGUACACCGGAUCAGUUUCGGGAGGCGAUCAGGCUGGUUACCUGAUAGGCAAAACUCUCUGCGGUUAAAGUUGCACACUGAUUGCCAGAUGGCCAUAUGUUUAAUAGCAAGAAAAAAAGAGUAAAAAAGAAAGGGAAAAAUGAGAGAUGAGCUUUAAGAAGAGAAGAUUCUUCAGGAGAAAGGAGAAAUUUAAGAAAAGAUUGUUGUGUAGUAGAGAAAAAAAAAGAGCGAGAGUUUCUAAUCUGCUGUGUUGCCCUUUCUAUUCUUAAUGUUUCUGCAAUAGUGCGUUGAUGUCAUCAAAAUGGGAGGGAAGAUUGGCUGUAUGAUUACUCACAACAAGUGAGUAUUUGUUGGAAUACCAAAAUCCGUGGAGGUAUUCUCAAUUUUACUGGGAGUGCAAGUCAAUUUUGCUAUAUAUUGAAGUGCUAUUGGGUGUUGAACUAUUGUUCUUCGUUGCUCCGAUGGCUUCCACGCAUGGAACAUAAAGACAGGGAUGAAGCUAAGUCUUGAGGGACCUUCUGGGCUUGUUUGUUCCAUGACUAUCAAGGAUGUGAUGUUGUUUGCUGGCACGGAGGACGGGCGCAUCAUGGCUUGGAAAUUUCCUGCUAAGGACAUCAACUCGGAACCGGUGGCAAUCCUCGCUGGCCAUGACAGUCAUGUGAUUUCACUUGCUGUCUCAGCAACAAGGCUUUACUCUGGCUCACUUGACAAGACAAUCAGAGUACGAAAAUGCUGCACAUCCGCUGAUUUCUGUUGGCUACUAAAUGUUAUGUUUGUGUCUGAUAUAUUCUGGGUAUUUAUGAGGUAUGGGACCUUAAAAAUCUUCAGUGUGUCCAAACACUCUCUCAGCAUAAGGCUGCUAUUACUUCUGUGCUUUGUUGGGGUCAGAAGUUACUUUCUUGCUCUCUGGACAAGACUGUAAAGGUCUGGGCUGCUUCAGAAUCUGGAGACCUUCAACUCAUGCAUACCCACUCUGAUGAGCAUGUAAGUUCUGCAAACUUAAUUUACACGAAUAUUUCCAUCAGCAUUAUUUCUGAAGACCUCAUUGAAGUUUCAAACAUGAAGGCUUAUAUUAGUUACAACUUUUUUUACCUUUUAUCAGUGGUAGUAUGAUACUAUCCUUAUUUAGUCUUAUUGAACAGUGUAAAUUGUAUAUGUUGAAUAUUUAUAUGGCAUAUGUAUUUCUUCAUCUGCAGUAA